AUGCUUCUCCACGAGUGGGCCAUGGCUAGGACAUGGCUGCUGCUGCUUCUGGGCGUCAGGUGUCAGGCUCUACCUUCAGGCAUCGCUGGCACCCCCUUUCCGUCGCUGGCUCCACCCAUCACACUGCUGGUAGAUGGAAGGCAGCACAUGCUGGUGGUUUGCCUGGUCCUCGAUGCGGCACCCCCUGGCCUUGACAACCCUGUCUGGUUCUCAGCUGGCAAUGGCAGUGCCCUAGACGCCUUCACCUAUGGGCCCUCUCUGGCACCGGACGGCACCUGGACUAGCCUGGCCCAGCUCUCCUUGCCCUCUGAAGAUCUGGAAGCCUGGGAGCCCUUGGUCUGUCACACCAGGCCUGGGGCUGGGGGCCAGAACCGGAGCACACACCCCCUCCAACUGUCAGAGGAAUCUUCGACAGCCAGGAGCUGCUUUCUGGAGCCUCUCCCGGGGACACAGCGGCAGGUACUGUGGCUAAGCCUACUGCGCCUGCUCCUCUUCAAACUGCUUCUGUUCGAUGUGCUCCUGACCUGCAGCCGCCUCCGCCUCCAUGUGCUGGCCGGCCAGCACCUCCAGCCACCACCCUCACGCAAGUCCCUGCCUCCCACCCACAGAAUUUGGACAUAG